AUUUUGCUACGAUUUGGACGCGCUUUGGUUUGCGUUGUCGCAGACCAGUCUGACUGUGGAUUCGAAAUCCACACCCAAACCGCCUCUCGGUCUAUUGGCGCCAAAGAUCGGACACAGAUCUGUUGUACCGCGACGCGUGUGACUCUUUUAAACAACAUUUAAUUAGUCUGUUUACUAUUUUAAACAAGUUGAUGGGACAAUAAAAAUCGUCGAGCCAACGAACGAUCGAGCGUCGAUAAUCUCUAUUACAGAUCGAUCGCAAAAAUACGUAGUACGUUUUAAUAAAUUUACGGCUGUCGUAAUCAAGAGCAUCCAGCGAAUGACGUGUUGCUGUGCGGAAAAUAUGAUCUAACAAGUUCGCGUUUUUUUUUUUUAAGUGAAAUGCAGAAACUCGUUUUGCAAACUACGGUGACGUGGAAAUUGGCAACAGUUUUCCUGCUAGCUUCAAUUCUUUUGGCAGUAAUCCCAACGGUAGUGGCCAACCAGCUCAGAUCUGCUCACCGAAUCAAAUGUCUUAGCCCUAACCGUGAAAAGGUACAAGAUAACAUCACUCUGCACCACCGACUGACAGCGUUGCGUAACGAAAUGCGCACCAGGUCGUCAACCCAGUCGACAGAAGUGGACGCCUACGUGAUCACUUCGUUUGAUGAGCACAUGUCUGAUCAACUGAUGGAGUCGGAUCAACGGUUAAAAUUUCUGACAGGUUUCUCUGGCCUUGGGCUUGCAGUGGUUACCACUAGGUCCGCUGCUUUGUGGAUCGACCGAUCACUUUACCAGCAAGCAGAACAUGAAGUGAAUUGCAACUGGAAGAUUUUCCACAACGAGGAACAUGCGGCCGUUAGAGAAUGGAUUGCUAACGAACUAUCGCCGGAAUCUCGAGUUGGUGCCGAUCCGCAACUUGUUCCACAUUCUCUCUGGCAUAGCUUGGAACGUCAGCUGAAUCUUCACUCGAUCAAACUCAUCAAGGUUAAUCGUAAUCUAGUUGAUUUGGUUUGGGGUUCUCAACGACCGGCACCCAAAUCGAACUCCAUCAAAGUACAUCCGGUACGUUUCGCCGGAGAACGUUGGGAUGGCAAAGUCAACAAACUUCGUUCCAAUCUGACCUCACUUCGCUGUGAUGCUAUGAUCGUUACAUCGCUCACCGAAGUGGCAUAUGUUCUGAACUUACGAGGUAGCGACAUCCCGUACACUCCAGUGUUCAAAGCUUAUCUGAUUGUUAGUAAUCGGGAGAUCGUUCUUUAUACUAACAGAACUCAUAUCACAACGGGAUUGAUCAAUCAUCUCAAAUCGCACAACUGCCACAAUGAGUACUGUGUUCAAGUUAAAGACUACGAGGAUGUUUGGCGAGAUUUGCGAACAUUUUCGCAGCAUUGGAAGCGUAUCCUUGUUCCGUCGACGAUCGUUUUCGACAUGGGAGCAUCGGAAGCUAUCUACUCGGUUGUGCCUCGAGAAACAGUCUUGAACAAACCGUCGCCUAUAAUUUUUCUUCGGGCUCAGAAAAAUGAAGUAGAGAGACAGGGUAUGAAACGAGCUCACAUUCGAGAUGCCGCUGCGUUUUGUGAAGCAAUGAGCUAUCUGGAAAAACGGUUUAUCGCAGGAGAUGACUUUACGGAACAAUCGUUUGCACGAGAAAUCGAUCGUAGUAAAAAAAUUCAAGAUCUUUCGGAAGGUACAUCGUUCAGAACGGUUGUUGCGUUUGGUCCCAACAGUGGUGAUCCUCACUACGCAAUAAAUAAUCUUACGGACCACGUUAUCGGCGACGACAACACGAUCAUUAUCGAUUCCGGUGGUCAGUAUCAAGAUGGCACUACUGAUGUUACCAGAACCAUUCAUUUAGGAGAUCCAAAACCAGGCCACAUAGAAGCGUAUACUAAUGUUCUGAUUGGGAUGAUACACAUGUCCAUGACUAGCUUCCCGGAGAACUUGAAGCCAACUGAGCUAGACGCUCUAGCUAGAGGACCUGUUCAUGGAAAUAGGAAUGCGUUCCCUUACGGAUCGGGGCACGGGAUUGGCUCAUAUCUUUCUGUGCAUGAAUCUCCCAUAAGUUCCACUCAUACGGCAAAGCAGCGUUACACCUUCCGUGAAGGCUAUUUCUUCGCAUACGACCCGGGUUACUACAUUCCAUCCGAAUUUGGUAUUCGAUUGGAGAAUGUUCUGGAAGUUCAGGAUACGGGAACAGUUCAUCCGUCUGGACAUAAAUUCUUCACCUUUCAAGAUGUCACGCUGGCUCCGUUCGAGCCCAAAUUGAUUGAUAGUGAGAUGUUAAGCACAACCGAGGUCAAAUGGAUUAACGACUACAACGCCCGUAUCCGGCAACUGGUUGGCGAUGAACUAAAGCGAAAACAGAAGAUGGAUGCUUUCUAUUGGAUGAUGAAUAAAACGCGAAACAUUCCCGAUCCCUCGUAUUCGGGAGCCGACGCUUCUGCUACGACCUGCCGGAACGCGGUUCUACUAUUAGUCACCGUGGUGGUAGGUCUCAUCUACAGACUUCUGGUUUCUACUGAUAAACUCUAAGAUGAAUUCAGAACCUCCGUAUUUCGGAGCGCUAUCUAACUUUCCCACGCACUACCGACAAUGUCUCUAUCAUACUAUAAACUAUGACUGUUGCAAUCCCAACUAAAAUUCAUCUAUCUGUCUUUUAGAAUAGGUAAGAUAUAGAAAUAGAAAGAAUAUAAAUCGUUCAAAUUAUUA